AUGGAAAAGGUGGAUGUUGAGAAAACGCCCGCAAAUAUUAGGCACAAUCAAUUGAUUUUGCUCCGAUUACUUAGCGGUUUGCUUCUCAAGUGGCGAGAAAUUGUGAAGGCGGCCAAGCAACACCCUGAGAUUGCGCAUUGUUUAUUUGACACCCCCACAAGGGAUGGUGAUCCCUCGAAGAUGACACAGUGGACAUGCAAGACGGUGUCGAAGGAAGAACAUCUACCAACUAGCGUUCAACACCGUACAGGAAAGGGGAAAAAAAAACAUGCCGUUACUGCAGAGCCAUGCACUCAAGGCGGUGAACACAAGGGUGAAGAGGGUGGCAUACCAUCAACACACCUUCAUUCCCAUGCAUCAGCAGCAUCUUCCUCACCUGAAGGGUUCAUACAUGACUUGUUGCCAGAUAUUGACUGGAUACAUGCGCUGCAAGGACAGUAUGCAUUGAUCCCGCAGGAAAAUGAUUCCCCUAUGGCUAAAAAGAGGCACAAGAUGCACUGUCCCGAAGAAAUACUGGAUGAUCAUAUGUUAGAAAACGUUAUGAAGUCCGUUCGUACGGCUUUUAAUGGAAUGCGUGCCCUGCAAUUGACGAUGGAGCGGCGCAAGAAAGGUGUUGUGUCCACGAGUGUAGAUGACACCGCGAUUGCGUUCCAACGACAUGGAAAAGGGAUGACAAUUGCCAGUGGUCUAGUGAGUCAUACUUUGGUGGCUCAGUUUGUCCAGCUUUGUGUGACACACCACCGUGAACUUCGGGAAACAUUGUUGAAACUGCAUGGAUCCCUUCUUAGACGUAUGAUGCACAUUUUGAAGGAAGUAAUAUACGAGUUGCAAGGGAUGAAACGUGGUCUGCGGGACUCGGUCGAGCUCUGCUCCAUGCAGAAAAAACAUAUCCGCCGCCUCUCAACCGAAUUGCACGGCGAAGAGCAAAUGCGACCACCAUCCCAUGGCGCACGGCGUGCGUCUUCUUGUCAUCCCCCUAACCCAUUUGCUGCGAAAAGUAGUGACUGCACAGCUUUACAAAUGGGAGCUUCUCGUACCACACAGCCCUCGCUUGGGGCUUCUUAUUCCUUGCCUGAAACGCGAAGUUUACUUGAAUACCGGUUGUUUAUUCAUGAUGGGAAAAAGACAUACGGGCGUCACGGAAAAAAUGGAGGAGGAGGAGGAGGAGGAGGCGUUACGCAGCGAGAAUGCCUGGAAAAUUUAGUGGAAUAUGAUUGGAACAUCUCCCUGGGUACACAAGACACGUUGCGAACUGGCAGUGGUGACUGUAACUAUGAAACGGUGGUGGGGCGCACUUCCAAGGCCUCUGGUUCACGACGGUCAUCGCCGCUACCGUUUGGCUUGUCCCUCCCUUUGGAAUCCGUCCAGCAUUCCAUAAACUUGGGGACCAAAACAGAAGAGAUUCAGUUUGGCCUUGACUCAGAAGAUGCGGAGAGGCACAUUGCAUUUGCCCACUCUUCUUCUUCGCCGCCAAUAUUCCAGGAACGCCUCCCAAAUUCGCCGCGGGAACCACGUGCGUACAACAUACCGCGUUUUGGCUUUGCUGUAGAGGCCAGGGAGGGAUCGCCCGGAUCUUCACUACAUCUUGAGGUAGUUGACGUGGGGCAUGCUUCACCUGCCUAUUGGGCGCGUCUCGCUGUGGGCGAUAUCUUGAUUGGAAUAAACGGCGACGAAAUCCCCUCCACAAUCGACAUGUGGGAAGGCUUUUUGGCACGUCUGUCGCUUGAAACGGGGAGUGGUUUGUCGCUGAAGGUGAUAUUUGGUGGUGGACGUGGCAUCACCGCUCAUUUGAUCCUGCAGGACGUUUGUUCCACACGAAAUCCAGUCGAUAGCUGCUCUUUCCGCAAGAAUGACUGCGACGCUUGCAGCGAGCGUUUCGAAAGGGUGAAUUCACACAAUAUCAGCACCCACCAGCUUCCCGAGGUGUCUGCACUGGAGUCGACGGCAUCAUUAUCGCCCACGCAUCAAUGUGGACGUGUUGUGCGUGUCUCCGGCAAAGUCAUUCGAUGGAGUAAGUAA